AUGGCGCUUCUACGUAUUCCAUCUCCUCUAUUAUCCACAAAACAACACCAUGGAAUAGUAAUAACCUCUUUCUCCUCCAUAAGCUUUGACAAGAACAAAAACUAUUCCAUCAACCCUAAAUCCAAUUCCUUGUUUUCUUCCAUUCACUCUCUACGUCUAUCUAUUACGCAUACACCAACUUUAAUUAGAACCAAAGAACAAGCCAAUUCUACUCUCAGAUUCUCCGAACAACAACAAAGUCAAGUAAUCGAGGAAAACACUGAAGAAUUGUCUAGUACUAGUACUAGGUUGCUUGCUCAGAAUGUUCCAUGGACAAGUACCGCUGAAGAUAUUCGUUCUUUGUUUGAAAAACAUGGGAACGUCAUUGAUGUUGAGCUUUCUAUGUAUAAUAAGAACCGAAACAGGGGUUUGGCGUUUGUGGAAAUGGGUUCUCCAGAAGAGGCUCUUGCAGUUUUCAAUACUCUCCAAUCAUAUGAGUUUGAAGGCCGCGUAAUAAAUCUCAAAUAUGCUCGGCCUAGGAAGGAGAAAACACCGCCGCCAGUAGAACAAAAGCCAAUAACAUUUAACUUGUUUGUUGCAAACUUGUCCUAUGAAACGAGGUCUAAAGAUCUCAAAGAGUUUUUUGACUCGGGAGCCAGUGGAGUUGUUUCUGCAAAGGUUAUAUUCCGUGAGGAUCCUAGAAGUCCAUCUGGUUAUGGAUUUGUAUCCUUCAAGUCCAAGAAAGAAGCGAAUGAUGCUCUUUCCGCGUUUCAAGGAAAGAAAUUGAAGGGAAACCCAAUCAGGGUUGCACCUAGUAAGCGAUUUGUUCAACUGACAGAGGAGAGUGCAGGAUCCGAAGAUAAAUCUUCUGAGUCGAGCACAAACAAGGCAGUAGCAGACAAAGCUGAUUGA